AUGCGUAUCCGUCUGUGUGCGUGUCGGAGUACGUUCAAAGGUAGAAAUAGGUAUCUCUCUCUCUCUCUCUCUCUAUCUAUCUAUCUAUCUAUCUAUCUAUCUAUCUAUCUCCCCAUCUUUUCUCUCUCUCUCUUUCUCUCUCUCUCCCCCACGUCUGUUUCCAUUUACUCCCGCAUCCUUUCUUUCUUUAACAAGCGUUCCCUAUAUCAUAUCAAUUCCUCCCUCUCUUUGCCUUUCACUCUCCUCUUCUCUCUCUCUCUUUGUCUCUUCUCCGCCAUUUUUUCUUCUCUUCAAAUAUGGCUGAAGUGUCAUAAAAACCCAGACCAACUGGCGCCGGAAGCGGAAGUCGCCCAGUUAGCACAAGCCAAUCAGCAAAUGUCUAUUAGAAAGUCAUUUUCCGCGUGGAGGCGCCUCGCUGUCCACCCACGAGCUUCCAGAUGCAGGCUUUCGUUUCUUUUGCAGUUUCGUUCCAUACUUACAGAGGAAGGGCGAAUAAAACAAUCGCAAUAUUGGCUUAAAUUUUCUUUCGUCCUUUUUCCUUUCUUAUUCAUUCCCAUUGUCCCCCUCUCUCUCUCUCUCUCUCUCUCUCUCCCUCUCUCUCUCUCUCUCUCUCUCUCUCGUGAGGAAUUUAUCAAACGUUUCUUCUUUCUUUCUUUCUUUCCUUUUCAUCCCUGUUCCUCACUCCCUCUCUUUCUAUUUAUUUAUUCAAGACAGUUAUUAUCUAAUGUUUCUUUCUAUCUUUCUUCCCCCCUCUCUCUCUCUCUCUCUCUCUCUCUCUCUCUCUUCGUGACGGCGGUUGCCUUUCUUUCUCAUUUGUCUCUUCCUUCUUCUGCCUCACUUUAUCUCUAUUUUGAUCAUUAUUGUCUUACUUUCUUUUCUUUCUUUCUUUCUUUCUUUCUUUCUUUCUUUCUUUGUUGCUUGUCAUUUUCAUUGUCUUUUCUUUUGCUCCCUUUCUUUCUUCCUCUUCAUUGUUUCCCUAUACUUUUUCAUUUCCUUUUUCUUUUCUUCUCCCCCAACCACAUCUCCUUUCAAAACAAAUUCUUUAAAAUUUCAGUGUUUGUUACAAUGCGUCUCGGCUGCUCAACGACUGCCUCAACGACUGCCUCCACGACUGCCUCAACGACUGCCCGACGACUACAUCAACGACUACCCGACGACUGUCUAACGAUUGCCCGACGACUGCCUCAACGACUUCCUAACGACUGCCAAACGACUACAUCAACGACGGCCGAACAACUGCCCGACAGCCUCCACGACUGUCUCAACGACUGUCUCAACGACUGCCCGACGACUGUCUAA